CCGAAGAAGACGCUCCUUCUUCCGCGUCCGGUUCUGGCUUGCUGCGUGGUUUAGCCUCCAUAGUUAGCUUAGCGUUAAUUCAGCUGUUUCUCUGGAGUGUUAAAGAGCAUCCUCGCGUCCACCAUCAUGUCCUACCAAGAAGAAGAAGCAACACCAACAGCAGCAGGGGAGGCGACCACCUACGAUCCUUACACCUACCCCAACGACUACGACCUGCACACAGGUGAUCCUAAAGCAGACCUGGCGUAUGAGCGUCAGUACGAGCAGCAGACCUAUCACGUCAUCCCGGAGGUCAUCAAGAACUUCCUGCAGUAUUUCCAUAAAACAAUCUCCGACCUGAUCGACCAGAAGGUGUACGAGCUGCAGUCCAACCGAGUGUCGAGCGAGAGCAUCGAGCAGAAGAUCUACGAGAUCCAGGACGUGUACGAGAACAGCUGGAAUAAACUGACAGAUCGUUUCUUUAAGACGUCUCCGUGGCCCGAAGCCGAAGCCAUCGCAUCACUCGUGGGAAACGACGCUGUGUUCCUGAUCCUCUAUAAAGAGCUGUACUACAGACACAUCUACGCUAAAGUCAGCGGUGGACCCACUUUGGAUCAGAGGUUCGAGUCGUACUAUAACUACUGUAACCUGUUUAACUACAUCCUCAAUGCUGAUGGCCCUGCCCCCUUGGAGCUUCCAAACCAAUGGCUAUGGGACAUCAUUGAUGAGUUUAUCUACCAGUUCCAGUCAUUCAGUCAGUAUCGCUGUAAAACCGCCAAGAAGUCGGAGGAGGAGAUCGAGUUUCUGAGGAACAACCCGAAGAUCUGGAACGUCCACAGCGUCCUCAACGUGUUGCACUCGUUGGUGGACAAGAGCAACAUCAACCGGCAGCUGGAGGUCUACACCAGCGGGGGAGACCCAGAGAGUGUGGCGGGGGAGUACGGGCGCCACUCUCUCUAUAAGAUGUUGGGGUACUUCAGCCUGGUGGGUCUGCUGCGGCUGCACUCUCUGCUCGGGGAUUAUUACCAGGCCAUCAAAGUGUUGGAGAACAUCGAGCUUAACAAGAAGAGCAUGUAUUCCCGUGUGCCUGAGUGUCAGAUCACCACUUAUUACUACGUGGGCUUCGCCUACCUGAUGAUGAGACGCUACCAGGACGCCAUCCGAGUGUUCGCCAACAUCCUGCUGUACAUCCAGAGGACUAGGAACAUGUUCCAGAGGUCCACAUACAAAUACGAGAUGAUCAACAAACAGAACGAGCAGAUGCACGGCCUGCUCGCCAUCGCUCUCACCAUGUACCCGAUGAGAAUUGACGAGAGCAUCCACACUCAGCUCCGAGAGAAAUAUGGAGACAAGAUGCUGCGCAUGCAGAAAGGAGACUUGCAGGUGUUCGAGGAGCAGUUCAGCUUCGCCUGUCCGAAGUUCCUGUCCCCUGUCGUUCCAAACUACGACAACGUUCAUCCCAACUACCACAAGGAGCCGUUCCAGCAGCAGCUCAAGGUGUUCGCCGAGGAGGUGCAGCAGCAGGCGCAGCUCUCCACCAUCCGCAGCUUCCUGAAGCUGUACACCACCAUGCCUGUGGCUAAGUUGGCGGGCUUCCUGGACAUGACGGAGCAGGAGUUCAGGAUCCAGCUGCUCGUCUUCAAACAUAAGAUGAAGAACCUGGUGUGGACCAGCGGGAUCUCUGCUCUGGACGGAGAGUUUCAGUCUGCGUCCGAGGUCGACUUCUACAUCGACAAGGAUAUGAUCCACAUCGCUGACACGAAGGUCGCUCGGCGUUACGGAGACUUUUUCAUCCGACAGAUCCAUAAAUUUGAAGAGCUGAACCGGACUCUGAAGAAGAUGCCGAUGACCGGAGCGUCUGCGGCGUCCAGCAGCACAGCAAGCCGAGGUCUCUGAUGAAACAUCAACGAUGAAAAACUUUUCUAUAAAAGCUGCAGAUAAUAAAGUGAUGAUGGAACUCA